AUGGUGACGAAACGUUUGCAAAUCAAUUGCCAAGCUCGGCGAACAGAUCACACCCGAUGCGAUGAAUUACCAAUUUUGUUUUUUUUUUGUUAUGGGAAAUUUGGUACCGGUGGCCAAUGUGAAGUACCGCUAAAGCCUGGUAGAGAUGAGAUUUUAGUGGUUAUUGAUCAGGUGGCUAUUGAUCUGCUGGCCGAGCGUGGCAAUUGGCUUGCAAGCGUUUCGUCACCAUACGAGGAGACAUCAUCAGUGCGCAGUUG